AGAAUAUUAUAACGCAGAUGAUUAUUUAUUUGGAGGAGAAACCUGCGCCAGACGAAGAAACAUUUUGCGAUUGAAAAUUUAUUGUUUAAUUGAUGGAAACUUUGAACGUUGAAUCUGGAAUAAAGGAUAUGAAAAUAAACGAACCCAUCCAACGGUUGAGAGGUAUACACAGGAAGGAACCCAAGUUUGAUAGGGUCGAUAGCAACUUUUGGAGUAAACAGUACUAUUACCUAUUCUGCAUUGCCAUUGGAAAUGGGGUGGAUGGUUUACCUGGUGCGUUUCGCUUCGCCAUGGAUUUAUCUGGAGCUUUCUUCGUCCUGCAACUGAUUUUCUUCACGUUUCUGCUGAACAUGCCAAUAGUUUACAUGGAAAUUUUUCUUGGCAAAUACACGAGACUGACCAACUGUCAGAUGUACAAGAUGGCUCCGCUAUUCUUCGGAUAUUGCGUUUUGUUGAUCCUAUUCAACAUCGUCUCUUCGCCGAUGCGAGUUACAGACAUAAGUCUUUUUAUAAUUUCCGCCUUGCAGCUGAUCAUCAAUCCGAAUUACCUCUACGUAUGUCCACACGACAGCAACACUUGCUUAGAUUACGAAGUGGAAGGAAACAUAGGCGAAAACCGCACUUGCUCCUACAACUACAUGUCUUUUAAAUGCGACAACAUCGAAUACCGCUACGUUUCAGCUUACCUGUAUUGGAAUAACUUUCGGAAUUUCGACGAUCCUUCCACUUACGCUUUGUGGCAGUGCGUGAUUGCUGCUGUGAUCACCUGGAUGUUCAUCACUUUUCUAUGCUUAGCUGGAAUGAAAGUUAUUGGAAUUUUGUUGAAAAUCACGUUUGUGGUAAAUUUUGUGAUCAUGACUAUACUCUUGAUCAUGGCCUUACCGACGCAUGGAAGUAUGAGAGGUUUGAUGAACCUAAUCGAAUUUAGGGUCCAAAGUCUUCAUUUGAACGAGGUGUUGAUGGGUAUCUUUCUUAGCAGUAUGAAGUUAGGUCUUACAUAUCCUAUUGGUUACAUGACGUACGCUGCUUACACGGACAAGAACACCAAUGUUGGUCCCGCAACUGAAGCAGUUUUCCUGAAUAUCUUUAACGUUUUACUCACGAUUUACUACCUCGUCGUCUUGCACGCAAUAGCCGGAGUCCUCUCAUUUGCAAUAGGCGUUAAUAUUGAACACGUGAUGGUCCCUUUCGCCGGCGUCUACUGUGCAAUGAUUCCCGAAUUCCUGCGAUUUCGCGACACCCCUAUUAUAUUCAUAAUCAUCUACCACCUUUCCAAUUGGACUUUGGAAAUGGUCAAAAUCGCUGUAAUCAUGUACAUGCAAAUUCUGAAUCUGUACGACUUUUUUCCUGGAAUCUCAAAGUACCAGACUUACGUCUUUUUGGCAGCUGGGGCUAUCUCCUUAAUAAUCAGCAUUUUCUGCUCAUUGAGAAUUUUCAGUAUAAUUAUUUUCCCGCUGCUUUGGUACUGUGAGAUCAACUUCUUGUUUGCUAUAAGACUUCUUGGAGAGGUGAUAUGUUUGUGCUAA